AUGAGUGCUGUGCUCACAUUAUUCAGCUGCCAGAUAACGAGAGUUUUAGAUAACAGAUACAAAAUUACCGGAAAAGAGAUCCUUCGGAUAAUAUUCAACAUAAAUGAGGUAAUAAAAGCAAAGUUCUGGCGUGCAAUUCAUUGGAUUAUCUCAUCAAAGUAUAGAGGCUUUUUUGGUGGCCGUGUUGACUGCAUGAUAGUUUACCCAAUGAAGGAAGCUAGUGCAGGAGUAAAAGUUACCAAGUGGAUCAUGAAAGAGUACGGGUUAAGAGGAGAUAGACUGUAUCUUUUAGGGUACUACAAUAAAGAGCAGGAUUGCUAUGAAAUAAAUUUGUUGAACAAGAAACCAAAGAUGGCGCUUCUUAGAGUUGAAUACGAUGAGCAACAUGACAAAUUUAUAUAUUCAUGGCCUGACAAGAAAGAGUCUUUCUCUUUACCAACAGAGGUCGAUGAGGUAUUUGUUAAAAAAUGGAGCAGUACCGGAUUAAAAGAGGUUACUAUCAAGACGUAUGCAUCGUAUACAAGAGGCAUUUGCUUAGAUAAAUUUGUGAUUCCGGAAUCAUUAAAGAAGGCGAUGGGUUUACCGGAAAAUACGCAACUCCUAUGUUCAAUAAAGGGAAAGCCAUGCACAAUCGGCGUUCCAAAGCAUAGAAAGAUAACCACAAUUUUUCAAGCAUACUAUCCUCUUCUUAUAUGUUCAAAUGAAAGUAUGGAAACUUUGAGGAAAAGAAACUUAGAUUCUUCUUACGAUUUGAAGAUGGCUGCUUUCAGGCCAAAUUUAAUUAUUAAAGAUGUUCCUUAUCCGUUUUAUGAGGACUACUAUGAAUAUUUUGAUCUGAUUUCAAAUACUGAUCGCAACACUCGACACACAUUUAAAGCUCCAUUAAGAUGUAUUCGAUGCUCUCUCCCAAAUGUAGACUAUGAAAAAGGAAGCAUGAAUGAAAAUGGUGUUAUGACGAAAACACUAGCCAAGUUCAGAAGGGUUGAUGAAAAUUAUCCAUAUGAGACCUGCUUCGGGAAAUAUGCUGUUAGCCUGGAUGAUAAUUUUACAAUUGAAAAGGGUGACCAUUUGGAUGUUCUUUUGAAACAAGUGACCUAUUGGAAGGAAAAUCCAUACAAAAAACAGGAUCGAAAACAGGUCGAGAAAUCAUGGAUUGAAGAAGAGGAACAUCAAUAG